AUGGCGGCACCUGCGCUCUCUAGCCGGGCUGGGUCCGUGAGCAGUCUGGGGAACAGCCCCACAGCGACUCCCGGGUCGACGAACAUGAACAAAAUGAUCCCCGGCUACCCAGAGCUCGACUUCAGGUCGGGGGCUAGGAUCGACGAGAUAAAUCGGUUGAUUCACGAAUUUAGUAAACACGACCAGAGGGAAUAUGACGACCAGCGAGCGCUCGAGAUCCACACGGCCAAGGACUUCAUUUUCUCCAUGCUCGGCAUGGUCCAGAAGCUGGACCAGAAGCUGCCGGUGGCCAACGAGUACCUGCUCCUGUCCGGCGGCGUGCGCGAGGGCGUGGUGGACAUGGACCUGGACGAGCUGAGCGUCUACGCCCGCGGCACCGACUACGACAUGGACUUCACGCUGCUGGUGCCCGCGCUCAAGCUGCACGACCGCAACCAGCCCGUCACGCUGGACAUGCGGCACUCGGCCCUCUGCCACUCCUGGCUGAGCCUGCGCCUCUUCGACGAGGCCACCAUCGCCAAGUGGAAGGACUGCUGCACGGUGGUGGACCACCUGAGCGGCGCCACCAACUACUUCUUCUCUCCCACGCUGGUGGCCGACUGGUUCCACGAGUCCGUCAGCGUGGUGCUGGCCGAGAUCCAGAAGAAGCCGCAGCGGGGCAUGCCUCGCGUCGAGAAGGUGGAGAAGAACGGCACGGUGAUCUCGGUGAUCCUGGGCGUGGGCAGCAGCCGCAUGCUGUACGACAUCGUGCCCGUGGUCUCCUUCAAGGGCUGGCCGGCCGUGGCCCAGAGCUGGCUGAUGGAGAACCACUUCUGGGACGGCAAGAUCACCGAGGAGGAGGUCAUCAGCGGCUUCUACCUGGUGCCCUCCAGCUCCCACAAGGGCUGCAAGGAGAACGAGUGGCGCCUGUCCUUCGCCCGCAGCGAGGUGCAGCUCAAGAAGUGCAUCUCCGCCAGCCUCAUGCAGGCCUACCAGGCGUGCAAGAGCCUGAUCAUCAAGCUCCUGUCGCGCCCCAAAGCCGUGAGCCCGUACCACCUGCGCAGCCUGAUGCUGUGGUCCUGCGACCGCCUGCCGUCCACCUACCUGGCCCAGGAGGACUUUGGCGCCCACUUCCUGCUGGGGCUGAUCGACGACCUGCAGCACUGCCUGGUGAACAAGAUGUGCCCCAACUACUUCAUCCCGCAGUGCAACAUGCUGGAGCACCUGUCGGACGAGACGGCCAUGCUGCACGCGCGCAAGCUCUCCUCGGUGCGCUCGGACCCGGCCGAGCACCUGCGCACGGCCAUCGAGCACGCCAAGGCGGCCAGCCGGCUCACGCUGGAGCUGCAGUGGCGCGGCGGCGGAUCGUCGUCGUCGUCGGCGAGCGGUCUGCCGUCCCCGCAGUCGGACGCCAGCGGCGAGCAGCAGCCUGACGACCGGCUGGCCAAGAAGCUGCAGCAGCUGGUGACGGAGAACCCCGGCAAGUCCAUCUCGGUCUUCAUCAACCCUGACGACGUCACGCGGCCGCACUUCCGCAUCGACGAUAAGUUCUUCUGAAGAAAGGGAAGAAGGAAAGAAGGAGAGGCGGGGGGGGGCUUGCUGCUUGCUGCGUGCACGUUCACCCCCCCCCCGGGUGUCUCCUCCGAGGUUGCGUCUCUUUCACAUAGACAUACGAACACUGUGCCCUCAAACAUACACAUACACACAGCCGUACAAAUACACUCCCUCGGACAGACAUACUUGCAGAGACUCAAGUUUGCACACUCACACACUUACACACACUCAAUUUUUGCACACAGAGGCUCGUUUUUUUUGCACACACAAUUACAUACAUCUGAACGUGCACAUACUUUUACACAGACGCAGACACAGAGACACGUGCGACACAGGAAAUGCAAAAGUUUAUCGUCGUCCUUCCUGUAACAGAGUGGAUCAGAUAGGGCGGUAGGAGAGGCCAAGGAUGCUGGGACAUGCCAGAAGGGAAAAGUGUGUUAGUCUUGUUCGUCUUAUCUCUCUCCCUGCCCCCCCCACCAACACACACACACACACACUGGACAGCGGCCGGGCCCUCUUCAGGAAGCUAGAGAACACGGGGGUUCUUUGAGAGGCACGACCUCUGAUGGGAGACGGAGGUAAGCAAAGGUCGCCUCGUCUCCGAUUCGUCAAAGCGGUAGCGCUUGGUUUUCUUCUUCUUCUUUGGUGCUUGGGGCUUUGUGGACUUUUAUCUGUAAAUGAAACGGGCUUAAAGACUCUUGUGGAUUGUGUGUAUUGGUUUUGGUUUUUGCACAGUCGAGGGUCUUAGCAAGGGCCUAAGAGCAGGACGGUCUUCUUCGCUGGAGCACCGUUUUUAUUUCGAAAAAAGAUUUGAUGCUCUUUUUUUGAUUCUUCAGCGAUCAAUCACCGACAACUAGAGAAGAUGUGUCACACAACAAGCAAGUCUUAGAGCUAAAGAAACGUGAGCUUCAUUGUAUGUUGCACCUUAGCCAAAGUUAGCUGAGGGGUCAGUUCAAUUGUACAGUCACUGUCAUCUUUUUAUCGUGUUAAAUUGGAACGAGUCUACUACUUUGAAUGGAAUUAUGCCAAAAGAAACUUGGCGAGAUGGACGCUCGCUCACAAGACUCAUAUCUGCAUACUUAAGUGCAAUUAGUUUAAACAUAUUGACACACUGGUGCCGUUUGUAUAAUACUUUUUUUUUUUUGGUUUUCUCACACAAUGUGUUUCUCACUACAUGCAUACACCCACACACACACUUGUACAAGUUCAUGUGGUCUUCAGUGAAUCAUGUCUCAUUUCUCUGUGUGAAUCAUUUCAAAGCUGCACCGACGUCAUCGUUUGUGCAGUGUUGCUCCCCGCAUAAGCUCCUUUUUGUCCUGCUGCAUCUCCCAGUUGUGAAACUACUACUAUCAUCGCAUUAGUCUUAUUUUCUGCAUUUUGCUGCUAAUUUAUCCUUUUUUAACCGUUUUUAUUUUUUUAAAUUAUUUACUCUUAUGCAAAUGUUUAUUUUUUCUUUUUUUUUCUUUUGAAUGUGCAUUGCUACUGUGUAAAUAGUCUUGUAAAGUAACCAGACUUUUGCUCCAUCAAAUGGAUACGGAUGCUCAUUGUGUGCACCAGACCUCUAAUGUGGCCAUUUUGAGCAUCAUUAGCCAAUCAAUGGACUUUUAAAAAUCAAAACAAAAUAAAAUAAAAAUGGGUACAAACCAAU